CCACCUAAUCCCACGCAUCAACCCGGUCCUCCGGCUCAGCCGCGCAGGUUGAAUCGACCAAAGCGAUGGUUAUGGAGAAGCCUAGUCCCCUGCUGGUCGGGCGGGAGUUUGUGCGACAGUACUACACCCUGCUGAACCAGGCCCCGGACAUGCUGCACAGAUUUUAUGGAAAGAACUCUUCCUAUGCCCACUGGGGCUUGGAUUCCAACGGGAAGCCAGCGGAUGCGGUCUACGGGCAGAAGGAAAUCCAUAGGAAAGUGAUGUCUCAAAACUUCACCAACUUCCACACCAAGAUCCGCCACGUGGAUGCUCGCGCUACUCUGAAUGAUGUGGGGGUCCAAGUGACGGGGCUACUGUCCAACAACAACCAGGCUCUGCGGAGGUUCAUGCAGACCUUUGUUCUUGCUCCCGAGGGUUCUGUUGCUAACAAGUUCUAUGUUCACAACGACAUCUUCAGAUACCAAGAUGAGGUCUUUGGUGGCUUUGUCACUGAACCUCAGGAUGGAUCUGAGGAGGAAGUAGAAGAACCUGAAGAAAGCCAGCAGACACCUGAGGUGGUGCCUGAUGAUUCUGGGACUUUCUAUGAGCAGACGGUCAGCAACGACUUAGAGGAGCAUUUACAGGAACCCGUUGUGGAGCCGGAGCCAGAACGAGAGACAGAGCCAGAACCAGAGCCUGUGCCUGACAUCCAGGAGGACAAGGCUGAGCCUGCAUCGGAGGAAGCUGCUCCUGAGCAUGUGUGAAAGAGCGCUUCUCCCGCCCCAGCGGAUGUUGCCCCAGCCCAGGAGGAUUUGAGGACGUUUUCUUGGGCAUCUGUGACUAGUAAGAACCUUCCUCCCAGUGGGGCUGUUCCAGUGACGGGGACACCACCCCAGGUGGUAAAAGUGCCACCUUCACAGCCUCGUCCAGAAUCUAAGCCUGAAUCUCAGAUUCCACCACAAAGACCUCAGAGAGAUCAGAGAGUUCGAGAGCAACGGAUCAAUAUUCCUCCUCAGAGGGGACCCCGGCCGAUCCGUGAGGCUGGUGAGCCAGGAGAUGUGGAACCUCGGAGGAUGGUGAGGCACCCUGACAGUCACCAGCUCUUCCUCGGGAGCCUGCCACAUGAGGUUGACAAGUUGGAACUGAAGGAUUUUUUCCAAAAUUAUGGGAACAUGGUGGAAAUGCGCAUCAACAGUGGCGGGAAGCUGCCCAGCUUCGGUUUUGUUGUGUUUGAUGAUUGUGAGCCUGUUCAGAAGGCCCUUAACCAUAGGCCCCUCAUGUUCCGAGGCGCAGUCCGUCUGAACGUGGAAGAGAAGAAGACUCGAGCUGCCAGGGAAGGAGACCGCAGGGAUAACGGCCUUCGGGGACCUGGAGGCCCCCGUGGUGGGCCGAGUGGUGGGAUGAGAGGCCCUCCCUGCGGAGGCCUGGUGCAGAAACCAGGCUUUGGUGUGGGCAGGGGGAUCGCAACUCCAAGGCAGUGAAUUGCUUGGCCCAGAUCUCCACACAGCACACAGCCCUGGCUCCUGCAGAAUGGUGAAUUCCUUCAACCAGCCUUUGGUGUCUUGGAGUAGUCUAUUAUAAACUGCUCAAGUUUGUACAAUU